AUGUACUACAAGUUUAGCAAUUUCACGCAGAAGUUGGCUAGGGCUUGGGCUUUGGAACCCUAUACACUGCAGGGGUUAAAGCCUGUUUCCACAGAAGCACCGCCUAUCAUAUUUGCUACACCGACCAAACUGACCUCCAAUGUCACAGCAGAUGAUUAUGCUGGGAAGAACAAAGUUCCAGAGCUGCAGAAGUUCUUCCAGAAGGCCGACAGUGUGCCCAUUCACCUGAAAUGAGGCCUUCCUGGCCAAAUGCUUUACUGGACCACCAUGGCUCUGACAGUGGG